CUUCUCCAACGUCAAAGAGAAGAAGCAGACGAGAAGAACCACCGAAGAGCGACCAAGCCAGCGUCUUCGCUUUGAUUCCGGAGAUGAGAGCGUCCAAGAUCCUCCAGAAGGCGUCGGCCGCCUCGCACGUCGUCCCCGUCAACCAGAAAUACACUGUACAAUCCUACGGCAUAUGGGAGAGAAUCCGACGGGCUCUUGCCGUCGACCCUACUCGUUCGACCGGUGUCCCUCUGAACGCCCAAUUCCGCAACCCGGCCCCGGGAGCCCUUGAGCCACAGACAUACGACGACCCCGUCACUAUUCCAGCAGCUGACCUCGCUGACAACCCAUACUGGAAGCGAGAUGUGCGAAGAGCCUACCCACAGGCCAGCGUGGUGAAACAGGCGGAUGUCGUCGGACUCUUGACAUACGGCAGCAAGGCCGAGCCCAAGGACAGUCUUCUUGCCGGUGAGGCGGGCUCGAAGCAGCUGGUGCAGACGCAGCAGACGGCUGAGGAGCGUGGAUUGGCUGCGCAUUUCGAGGAGAAGGCCAGCUCGGGAGCUGAUGUCCUUGGACCAAGUGGGAUGCCACCUCUCCCUGCUCACUUGAACGCUGGAAACACAUAUAGCCUUCCUUCAGAUCAGGCCUAUCCGUCAAAGUAAGUUGAUAUUCUCAGCUGUUGCAUCACUCAGUUCCUUCAUAUACUAAUCUAACCGUAUAGAUACCCAUGCCGCACUUUUAUCUAGAACUACGCAGCUAGGUCAAUAGAAUGGGCAGUUCAUUGUUUUCUCUCUCUCUCUUCUUUCAUUUCCGUCUGUAGAGUACUCUAUUUGCAUUCUCGACAAUGUUUCUCUUUUGUCCUAACUGGUCUAUUGGAUAUAUAUUGGCUUAUAGUUGGGAAACAUCUGCCACCUAUACAGGCACCUCCCUACGUCAAUUCCACAUGUAUAGAAUAGCCAUGUAUGAACAUAUUUCUUCUAUCUAUUUUCUCUUCACCUUUGUCCAUGGUACCUUAUUUUUCCACAAAAUCGGCAUUGAUGGUCGUAUUAUCAAUAUCAUCCCUUGGCCAUGAUUUAAGGCAAGACAUCCCACCAAACACAACGGCUGAAAUCUAUCAAACAUUAAAGCUAACAUCCAGUAUCCCACAAGAUCCUCGAGAGCUUCUGAUAUCCCAUAUCUUAACCCGUUUGGCCGUGCUGUUGGCUUACAUGGGGGGCUUUAACUUUCCGCACA